AUGUUGUUGAUCAGACUACUGGCUAUCUUCCUCGUCCUCAUUACUAACACGUGGCUGCUCAACCCGGUUCGCUCCGAUGCACUUAGCCGGUACAAACGCGCCAUGGCCCGGCGGGCAGACCGUGAGCUCUCCAGGCUAGCAGGUGAACCCUGCACCGUCUCCGGCGUGUGGAGGUCCCGACGGCAGCCCCGCUCUCUCUCACCGUCCCAACACCGCCCUCCAGCGGCCCGUCCGAGGACGCACACGAGCCUCAGAGAGCUGUACACUGUUAAGAGCGCUCCUGUGGUUUGUGCAGGAGGGUGUAGGGGUGACACCGGGGUGCACCGGGUUGAGGAGAAGGGAGGCUGGGGCGACACAGAGGAUGUGACGGUGGGAGCGGAGGACGGAUAUGUUACGUUGCCCGGGCGGCUGUAUGAGAAACGCUCCGCAAACGACAGGAGAGAGCGAAAGGGUGUGAGUGCAGACGCCACACAGCUGCCCGGGACGUCUCCGCUUAAAGACGCCGGGCAGAGCGCCUCCUCCUCGGGCCACACGCAGUCGCCAAGCGGCGCCCGCUCCAGACUUGCUCGUAGCGUCGACGUAACGUUACCAUACGAGGAAGACGGCAAGUCCAACCGGGAGAAAGUUUUCCCCGACAGCUCGACAGAUUCCAGGGGGCUCCGGGUUCUCUACGGACUGCACCAGGGAGAUGGACACCGGCAGCCCUCGACCGGGACUGUGGAGGACGGUGCCGUGGACUUCUCUGGGGAGGUGGAAGAGGCGGAUCCGCCGGCGAGCCUGCCCGUCGGCAGCUCUUCUCCGUGGGGGAGCCCACCGCCUCGGGUGCCCCCCUCAUGGAUGACCGCCCUGUACUUCAGCGGGCGUCGGGAGCAGCUGAAGAUGAAACCGGCUGCAAGGGUGGAGCUGCCGAGAGACAAGUUCAGCCUGGAGCUGUGGGUGAAGCCCGAAGGAGGGCAGAGCAACCCAGCAGUCAUAGCAGGUGUAUUUGACAACUGUUCCCAUUCACUGAGUGAGAAGGGCUGGUCUGUAGGUAUUCGCACCGUGGAACCAGACGGUACCAAAGACGCAAGGUUCUACUUCACGCUUCGGACGGACCGAGCCGUAAAAUCUACCACUGUCUAUAGCCACCACCGAUACCGCGCCGGUGCCUGGACUCACCUGAUGGCCACUUACAACGGCCACAACAUGACCCUGUAUGUUGAUGGAGCUAAGGUGGGAGAAAGCAAUCUCCAGUCAGGGAAUCUGUACAGCCCCUACAUGAGGACCUGCAGGACCCUCUUCCUCGGCAGUAACCAAUCAGAUCAGGGACCCAGUUUCAGGGGCCAUGUAGGGGGUGUGGUUUUAUGGGGCUACGCCCGCUCUCAUGAGGACCUGCUGAAGCGACCACUUCAAAUCGACAAGAGUGAGCCGGUCCUGGCGAUGUGGGCUGACUUCACUAAUGUGGAACAACAGUGGAUGCCGCAUAAAGUUGGCCUCCAUCCGACCAUCAUCACCACUCCUGUCCCUGAAGAAGAACUUGUCUCCUCAUUCCUGCCGCCACCCUGCGGCCUGACACCCUGCGACAACACCGACAUCAUCUUAGGCUACAACAACAACUGGCAGCUCCGUGCCCCCAAGCGAGUUCGCUACCGGAUCGUCAACCUCUCCAAAGACGAUGGCGGAAACCCCACCGUGUCGCAAGCCCAGAUUGAACUCCAGCACCAGGCUCUGACUGAGGCCUUUCGCCCCUACAACAUCACCCUGGAUCUGAGCGUGCACACUGUCAGAAACUCCAGCCUCCAACAGAGGUUUAUCCUCAGCAACUGCCGAAUUGGAAAGAUCGGGAAUCGCCAAUGUGACCCCGAGUGCGACCAUCCAAGAACGGGCCACGACGGGGGGGACUGCCUCCGACUGGGGCCCUGCUACAACUGGAAGAGACAGGAUGGGGUUUGUAACAUGGAGUGCAACAGCAUACACUACGACUACGAUGACGGAGACUGCUGUGACCCGGAGAUCACUGACGUCCUCAAGACCUGCUUCGAUCCCGAGUCCCCUGACAGGGCCUACAUGAGUGUGAAAGAGCUAAAGGAGGAGCUACACCUGAGCGGCACUGACACACUCAAUGUUUUCUUUGCCAGCAACUCAGUGCGUGAAGAGCUGGCAGGAGCUGCAACCUGGCCAUGGGCAAAGGAGGCUCUUACCCACCAAGGUGGGAUGGUGCUGAACCCAGCCUACUUUGGCACAAUGGGCCACCACAACACCAUGAUCCAUGAGAUGGGACACAUCUUUGGCCUGUAUCAUGUCUUCAAAGGCGUGAGUGAGCGGGACUCCUGCGAUGACCCAUGUCAGGAGACCACCCCGUCCAUGGAGACAGGAGACCUAUGUGCCGACACCGCCCCGACACCCAAAUCUAAAGCCUGCCGCGACCCUGGAGCUGUGAACGAUACCUGUGGAGUCACCACGUACCAGGACACACCUUAUAGCAACUACAUGAGUUACACAGAUGACAACUGCACAAACCAUUUCACUCCCAACCAAGUGGCUCGGAUGCACUGUUAUCUCGACUUGGUCUACCAGAAGUGGCUAAUGGACCGUCAACCCGCCCCCAUCCCUCUGGCCCCCAUCGUAACUGACCAGAGCCCAGAUUCUGUCUCUAUCUACUGGCUGCCACCCAUGAGAGGACCACUUUAUCACCACGUGUCUGCCGUCAACUGCGGAGACUGUGAGAAAGACGGCGUUUUCCACCAGUACGCCCACGAGGCCACCUCUCCUCGCAUCUGUGACACAUCAGGCUACUGGACACCGGAGGAGGCAGUUGGCCCACCUGACGUGGAGCAGCCCUGUGAUCCCAGUCUCCAGGCGUGGAGUCCUGAGCUCAGCCUUUACGACACUAAUGUGACAUCACCUUGCCCCGACACGGAGGGCUGCACCCUGACUCUGAGAUUCCUUCACCCCAUUGUCCCGCAUGCACUCACCCUCUGGGUCACCUACAUCUCUUCCAACAACCCAGCCAUAGCCAACGUAGAGCUGAUAACUGAUACGGGCAAAAGCAUUAACCUUGGACCCCAGCAUGUCUUCUGUGACAUGCCCCUCACCUUGCGGCUUGACACUCACAGCGUCGCCAUCGCUGCAAUAAAACUCUGCACCUUUGAUGAGAAGAUGGAGAUCGAUGCAGCCAUGUUGUCCUCAGGCACCGGCAGCCCCCUGUGCUCUGGCUGUCAGCCUAUGCUGUACUGGAUUCAGCGGCAGCCGCCCUUCACCGGCAAAGCCUCAUUGCCCCAGACUCAGCAGACAUUCACUGACAGCUCUGUAACGCAGGGAGUUGAGUACCAGUACACAAUCCAGGUGGAGGCGGACGGUCUCCUCAGCGAUCCCUCCUCACCUCUCCUCUACACCCAUGGGCAGUCCUACUGUGGGGAUGGCCGCAUACAAGGGACAGAAGAAUGUGAUGACAGUAAUCUGCUGGAUGGGGACGGCUGCUCUAAGAAAUGUCAGAAGGAGAUGGGCUUCAACUGUAACGGUGAACCCAGUCAGUGUUAUGUUUUUGAUGGUGACGGUGUAUGUGAGGAGUUUGAGCGGGGCUCCAGCGUUCAGGACUGCGGUUACUUUACACCUGUGGGCUACACGGACCAGUGGGCAUCCUCCGCCACCGCUUCCCACCAGGACCCCAACCACUGCCCUGCCCACGCCGCCACCGGGGAGCCGUCACUCACCAAGCUCUGCAGGUACCAGCACCUGGACGUGAGUGAGAAACUGCCCAGCGACGCCUGGUUCCCUUGCACAGCCCCGUCCGACACAAACAAUGACCUGGAACAUUCAUUCUGGCUGAAGGUGGGAUUCGUCCAUCCUGGAGUGGCAGCCUCUGUAAUGGUGUACCUGGCUUCAGACGGGUCGUGGUCUGGAGAGCAGUGUCGGAGGACAGCCACCCUCUUUCUGUCUGAUACUACUGGCAAAAACCACUCACUAGGGAAGUAUGACCUCUCGUGCCACCGGAACCCGUUGGUGGUGAAUGUGACCCACGACCUCUCUCAGCCCUUCUUCCUCACAUCCUCCGUCAUCCUCCUCUUCUCCUCCCGCUCUGUGGCAGUGGGAGGCGUGGCUCUGAGGACCUCCUGUCACUUCAGCACCUUCGCCCUGACCGGCUGUUUGCGGCAGCCGUGUCAGACGGAGAGCUGCAGCCCUCCUCAGCUGGAGCACGCCUCCGUCAGGUGUACGGGAGGAGGGGAGGCCUCUCGCUGCUCCGUUCAGUGUCACCGUGGUUUCAGUAUCACUGUCCUCAAUGGCAGGGUUACCCCGCCCCCUCAGAGAGAAGCAGAGCUGGAGUGUUUCCAUGGUUCGUGGGAUCGUGCAGUCAGCUGUCAGCCUGUAGACUGCGGCCUGCCCGAUCAGUCUCACGUCUACCACGCCAUAUUCAGCUGCCCCGGGGGAACCACCUUCGGCAAACACUGCUCCUUCACCUGUGGAUCGCCAGCCAUACUACAAGGUGACAGUGACAGGUUGGUGUGUUUGGAAGACGGUCUGUGGUCUUUCCCAGAGGCCUACUGCAAGAUAGAGUGUCCAGAGGUCCCAAGCAUACCCGAUGCCAAGCUGCUAACAGCAGACUGUACGGCCUCGGGGCACGAUGUUGGCUCCGUCUGCCGUUACAAAUGCAACCCAGGCUUCUAUGUAAUAGGGAGCCUCAAAAAGAAGACACCAAGGAAGUACUUCAGGUUGGAGUGUCUGAAAGGGGGUCAGUGGGAGGAAACCGGAUGUGAGCCGAUAUCCUGUCCAGCCCUGCCGGACGUAUUCCAGGGCAUGUAUACCUGCACCAAUGGCCUGUACUAUGACACCGUCUGCACCCUGCAGUGCUCGGACGCUACGGAAAAUAGUGAGAUUCGCUGCACUAAAGACGGGAGAUGGACGGCAGAGUUCACCAUGUGCUCCAGGCUCCAGGGAUCCUGCUCCGGCCCCUCUGAUCUCAACUCUGUGGAGUACAGCUGUGACCAGGGGAUGGAUGUUGGUGCUGUUUGCUACCCAACAUGCAUUGUGGCUCUGGACAUGGAUCUGCGUGACCCCGUGGUUCUGCCUAAUGGCACCACAGCUGACUCUUUAAAGCACUGGAUGCUGCCCACCAGAGUCCAGAGCAUAGUCUGUACAGGGAUGAUGAAGUGGUACCCUGACCCUCAACACAUCCACUGCAUCCAAUCAUGUGAGCCCUUUGGAGGGGAUGGCUGGUGUGACACCACCAACAACCGGGCCUACUGCCAGUAUGACGGAGGAGACUGCUGCCCGUCCACACUCUCCACCAGAAAGGUCAUUCAGUUUGGGGCGGACUGCAAUCAGGAUGAGUGCACUUGCCGUGAUCCGGACGCCGAGGAGAAUAAGAGCAAAGCCAAGCAAUCCUUCUACAUGAAGCUGUAA